AAGCCUUAUUUGUGUCUCAUCGUUCAUUCUAACUUACGUCUGAUGUAUGUAGCUGUCACCACAUAACUAAUCAAUAUUUGCAAUGCAGAUCGAAAGAUUGCGUUUACACUUGCGUCCAACCACGAAAUGCAUAUCGUUCUCAACAUAUGAUUGUAAAUAUUUUUUCGUGUUUAUUACGAAUGAUCUUAUUUAUCAAAAUAAUUGGAAUAAACUCGUGCAUAAAUUUGUAUGAUGUAUGAGAUAGUUUUUUCAUAUGUUUUAUUCAUUAAUAAAUGAGAAAAGUAGGGGAAAAAUAAUGAAAAAUGUAUUAUUAGCACAUGUAUCUAUGGGAUAAAAGCGACACGUGCGAAUACAUAUGAGAAAGCAAACAUAUAUAUGUGUAUACCGGCUUGUCAGCAAGUUUGACAUAUUUUCGCGGAAAGAAAAUUUGCUCGAUUAUUCGAUAUAUUAUCGUUUAUCCAAAAAUACUUAAACAAUACAUAAUGAGCAUAAAUAAGAUAAAAAUAUUUAUAAAAUUAAUGCAUAACGUCAAAAAUGGUUUUAGCCCUGACAUGAAGGUUAGAUGAUAACAGUUAAGUAUUAUAGUAUCAUUUUGUCAUUUUCUGUUAUCGUUUUAAAAAGACCAUUAUAUAUUACAUCUAUUUAGAACUGUGUUCCUCAAUAUAUUUAUAUCUUCAACGGAAUCAAUAUUAGUAUCAAAAGUCUGGCAAAAGUGUGUGUCAGAAAUAAAUUAUACAUAGAAACAUAAAUAUUUUCACACGUUCCUAUGUGGAAAAAUACAAUGUCGUGGAUAAAGGAGCAUACCUUGAAUUGGUUUCAAUUAUUAGUUUUAAAGAUUAUAAAAACUGGCCACAUGCCUAAACAUGUGGCGUUUAUAAUGGAUGGUAAUCGACGUUAUGCAAAGAAACAAGAAAUACCCACAACAGAAGGACAUAAAAAGGGGUCUGAUAAGCUUGCAGAGAUAAUAAGUUGGUGCAAACAGCUGGGUAUCACAGACGUCACAUUAUAUGCUUUUAGUAUAGAAAACUUUAAGCGUCCUAAAAUUGAAGUUGAUGGACUUAUGGAAAUAAUUAAAUACAGGUUGCAGCAGCUCUUAGAAGAGAAGGAUAAAUUGAGAGAACAAGGAAUAUGUAUACGUGUGAUUGGCAAUUUAUCCUUACUUCCAGAAGAUGUGCGUCAAUUAUGUGCAGAAGCUAUGAUCAUUACUAAAAACAAUAAUAAAGCAACUUUAAAUCUUGCUUUUGCUUAUACAUCAAGAGAUGAAAUUACUCAUGCCAUUAAGGAUAUACUAAGAGGUGUAAAGCGUACUGAUAUCUUACCAGAAGACAUAAAUGAAGACUUGAUUUCUCACUGUUUAUAUACUUACAAAUCUCCAAAUCCAGAUUUAUUAAUUCGUACUUCUGGAGAAACUCGACUUAGUGACUUCCUCUUGUGGCAAAUCUCCAAUUCUUGUCUCUAUUUUACUGAUGUAUUAUGGCCUGAAGUAAGUGUAUGGAACUUGCUUAAAGCUAUUUUUUAUUAUCAAAGAUGUUAUUCUGACUUACAAAAAGUCGCGAAAGUACAAAAUUCGAAUCCAGUCGUGCACAAUGAUAGAGUAUCUAUGUAUAUUAAUAAGUUGCAUCAUGAACGUGAAGUCAUAAUUGAAAAAAUAAUAUAAUGUUAAAACUAAUAUUAAAAAAUUAUUUAUACAACUUAGGAAGAUAACUACGGUAUCAACUACAAUUAUAUAGAAAUAAUUCUUAUAGUUACAUAAGAUAUUUUAUAAAACAAAUACAUACAUAUAUAUAUAUAUAUAUAUAUAUAAACCAAAAAUAAACAGGAGCAAUAAAUAUCUUGACACGACUUCGCGAAAAAGAAAUUCCGCUCGAUGAUAUUCAAUGUAUUAUCGCAAUUGUUUAUCAAAAUACUUUAACAAUACGCAAUGCGCAUAAGAUAUAUAAAAUGUUAUAGAAUUAACGCCUCUAUUAACGUUAAAAUGCAGCUUUUAGUUUUGAAGGUUAGAUGAUGACUAACAGCUGAUUGCUGAUUAUAGUAUCAUAUAUAUCAUUACUGUUAUCGUUUAAAAAACCUAUUAGGUACAUAUCGUACAUAUUUAUGUUCGUCGAUACAUUCAUUAUACUUAUUCAAUAGUAUCAAGUCUGGCAAAAGUGUAUACAUAUAUAUAUUUGAGGAAUAAAUUGUAUAAAUAUUUUCA